AUGUCACAUCCGGACGAUGUCCCCGGUACCAUCUUGCUCUGGGAUGAAUCCCACCACGGCAACGACCUCGGUCAUCGCGGCGAGGUCGUUCUUCAGCCUCAGCCCAGCGCUGACCCCGAAGAUCCCCUGAACUGGUCGAGGAGACGCAAGCUGGUUGCCAUCUCCAUGACAUAUCUCUACGUCUUGGGUGUUGGUAUCUGCACUACCGUUCACUACUCGGUCUUGACUCAGAUUGCUGAGGCCCAGGCUCUCACUGUCAGUCAGCUCAACCUUGGAACUGGCCUCAUGUUCCUCUUUCUUGGUUGGGGUAAUCUGUUUUGGCAACCUCUUGCUACGACGUAUGGUCGGAGGGGUGUCUACCUCGUCUCCAUCAUCCUCUGCAUCCCACCCGUUCUCUGGACACCCUUCUCCCACGGGCCAUCGCAAUGGUACGCCCACCGUAUCAUUCUCGGCUUCAUCGCUGCUCCCAUCGAGUCGCUCCCCGAGCUGUCAGUCCCUGAUCUCUUCUUCGCUCACGAGCGUGGAAGCUACAUGGCCGUCUACGCCCUCAUGCUCUUCGGGUCCAACUUUAUCGCCCCCUUCUUGGCUGGUUUCAUCCUCGACGGUGCUGGCUGGCACUGGGUCAUGUACUUUGCCGCCAUAUGGGUGCUCUUUUGUUCCACGAUUCUCUUCUUCUUCAUGGAGGAGACCAUCUACUUCAGGAACACGACCGAGACCGACACUGUUGCGGUGGACGAAAAGACCGGAAUGGCAGAGACGACACAGGAAGAGGCUGCUUUCCCACCUCCAAGGACAUACGUCCAAAAGUUGAAGCUUGUGCUUCUCCUCCCCGGCCGUCCAACACCCAAGCAGGCUCUCAUGAAAGUAUGGCGCACCUUCAAGAUACUGUACUGGUUCCCAAACAUCACCUGGGCCGGUCUCCUAUACGGCACCAACUUGGCAUGGUACAUGGUCAUCAACGGCACAAUGUCGUCCAUCCUAGGCGGAGAGCCGUACAACUUUGCACCAGCCAUGGUUGGAACUGCAUACCUCUCCCCUCUGGUCGCCAGCUCCUUCGCCUCGUUGUGGUCCGGCUGGUUCGCAGACAAGAUUGCCCUUCGCUUGGCGCGACGCAACAAGGGUAUUCGUGAACCUGAGCAUCGGCUAUGGGCUCUUCCACUCUCUGCUCUCAUGUCUACCGGAGGACUCAUCCUGUGGGGAGUCGGAGCAAGCCAUGACCUUCACUUUAUGGGCUUAAUCUUCGGCAUCGGUUUCACUACAUUUGGUGUCGUCUGCGGAGGUGCCAUCGCGCUGGCGUACACUGUCGACUGCUUCAAGGAGAUUGCAGGCGAGUCACUAAUCGCCGUCAUUCUGAUCAGGAACACGUUGGGUUUUGCAUUUGGAUAUGCCAUCAACCCGUGGAUUGACAGUCUGGGGCUUCAGAACUGCUUCAUCUCUGUUUCCAUGAUUUCGCUCUUUGUCACUGGCACGUUUCUGUGCAUGACUGUCUGGGGGAAGCGUCUGAGGAAGUUUUCUGCUGGGAGGUAUUGGUCGUAUGUUGCAGAGGAGCGGACGUUGCGUCAGUAG